CAGGGAAAUGUUUUUUACUACAUUCUAGCAAAAAAAAACGCCUUUCUAGGCAAUAAAAAGAAGAAGUUCAAAAAGUUGAAAAAUUGACAUUUUUCCAAAGGGGUUAACCCAUGGUUUUGGUCAAAAAUUGGCCAUUUUUCCAUCUUUUUUUUCUAAAGCAGUUUAGGCAAGGAAAAGGUGUUUUACGAUAUUCUAGAACGAAAAAACGCCUUUGUAGGCUAUGAAAACAAGAAGUUCAAAAAGUCGAAAAAUUGACAUUUUUGCAAAGGGGUUAACCCAUGGUUUUGGUCAAAAAUUGGCCAUUUUUUUAUCAUUUUUUCUAAAGCAAUAUAGGCCAGGAAAAUGUUUUUUACUAUAUUCUAGAACGACAAAACGCCUUUCUAGGCUAUAAAAACAAGAAGUUCAAAAAGUCGAAAAAUUGACAUUUUUGCAAAGGGGUUAACCCAUGGUUUUGGUCAAAAAUUGGCCAUAUUUCAUUCUUUUUUUUUAAAGUAAUAUAGGCCAGGAAAAUAAGUUUUGCUAUAUUCUAUACCGAAAAAACGCCUUUCUAGGCUAUAAAAACAAGAAGUUCAAAAAGUCGAAAAAUUGACAUUUUUGCAAUGGGGUUAACCCAUGGUUUUGAUCAAAAAUUGGCCAUUUUCUAUCUUUUUUUCUAAAGCAAUAUAGGGCAGUAAAAUGUGUUUUGCGAUAUUCUUGAACGAAAUAACGCCUUUCUAGGCUACCAAAACAAGAAGUUCAAAAAGUUGAAAAAUUGACAUUUUUUCCAAAGGGGUUAACCCAUGGUUUUGGUCAAAAAUGUUCCAUUUUUCCAUCUUUUUUUUCUAAAGCAAUUUAGGCCAGGAAAAGUUGUUUUACGAUAUUCUAGAACGAAAAAACGCCUUUCUAGGCUAUAAAAACAAGAAGUUCAAACAGUCGAAAAAUUGACAUUUUUCCAAAGGGCUUAACCCAUGGUUUUGGUCAAAAAGUGGCCAUUUUCCAUCUUUAUUUUUUUAGGUAAUAUAGGCCAGGAAAGUAAGUUUUACUAUAUUGUAGAACGGAAAAACGCCUUUCUAGGCUAUAAAAACAAGAAGUUCAAAAAGUCGAAAAAUUGACAUUUUUCCAAAGGGGUUAACCCAUGGUUUUGGUCAAAAAUUGGCCAUUUUCCAUCUUUUUUUCUAAAGCAAUAUAGGGCAGUAAAAUGUGUUUUGCGAUAUUCUAGAACGAAAAAAUGCUUUUCUAGGCUACAAAAACAAGAAGUUCAAAAAGUCGAAAAACCGUCGUUUUUCCAAAGGGGUUAACGCAUGGUUUUCGUCAAAAAUUAUCCAUUUUCCCAUGUUUUUUUUUUAAAAGAAAUAUAGGCCAGGAAAAUGUGUUUUACGAUAUUCUAUAACGAAAAAACGCCUCUCUAGGCUUUAAAAACAAGUUCAAAAAGUCGAAAAAUUGACAUUUUUCCAAAGGGGUUAACCCAUGGUUUUGGUCAAAAAUUGGCUAUUGUUGAAUGUUCUUUUUUUAUGCAAUAUAGGCAAGGAAAAUGCGUUUUACUUUCUUCUAGAACAAAUAAACGCCUUUGUAGGCUAUAAAAACAAAAAGUUCAUAAAGUCGAAUAGCUGCCAUUUUGCCAAAGGGGUGAACCCAAGGUUUUGGUCAAAAAUUGGCCAUUUUAUUUUAGGCAAUAUAGGCGAGGAAAUGUUUUUUACGAUGUUCUAGAACGAAAAACGCCUUUCUAGGAAUUGGAGUCGAAAAAGGUGUUUCACGAAGUUAAAGAGUGCAAAAAUAUCCGGAAAGACGCGUUUUUGACAAGUUCAAUCAAGUUUUGGGAGUGGCCAUAUUGGAUUUUUGCAAAGGGGUUAAGCCAUGAUUUCUGGGCAAAAUUAGAAAGUCUCUUAUUGAUCGGUUUUGUUUUAAAUCGAGUAGAGAAAAUUGUUUGGCGAUAUUAAGGAGUGCUAAAAAUGCCGAAAAGGCACUUUUUAAAACAUUCGAUUUUGGGAGUGGCCAUAUUGGAUUCUUCCAAAGGGGUUAACCCAUGAUUUUGGUGCAAAAUUGGAAAGUCUCUUUUUUAUUGUCUUUUUGUCGAAAUAGAGUCGAAAAAGAUGUUUCACGAAGUUAAAGAGUUCAAAGAUUGUCGGAAGGACGCGUUUUUUGCAAGUUCAAUUUUGGGGGUGGCCAUAUUGGAUUCUUCCAAAGGGGUCAACCCAUGAUUCUAGGUUAAAAUGUCAAGGUUUUUCUCUAUUGGUUUUGUUGUCAAAUUGUCUAAUUUGACGAUGUUUUAAUCUGUUAAAAGGGCGGUAAGGAACCUUAAGAAGAGUUCGAUUUUGAAGGGUAGCCAUAUUUGAUUCUUUUUCCAAAAGGUUAACCCAUGAUUUUAGGACAAAAUUUGAAAUUUCCUCUUCGAUUGUUUUUUUGUUUAAAUUCACCAAGACAGGGUUCAAGAGACCUUUUAUAAUUAUUUUGAUUUUGGGUGGUGGCCAUAUCGAAUUUUGGCAAGUUUAUGCCAUGGAGUCAAAAGUUUAAAUUUUCCGUAGGUGUUUUUUUUGUUAGCUUAUGUUUUGGGGGGUCUUAACUGGUCACGAAAAGAUGUUUGACGAAGUUGGAAAUGAUAGUGUGAUGAAGCAAGCUUGUUUUGUGUAUACGGUUAGGAACCUCUUCUAG